AUGCUAAGCAAAAGCGGUAUUUUAAAUACUCUACCAUUGAAUGUUCAAAGAAAAAAUGACAGUUCUAAGAAUAACAAUGAUAUUACCAAAAGCUUGAUAAAAUCUGGGAUUAAAGAAAUAACAGCAGUUUUACACAAUGAAAAGGAAGAAAAUUUUUCAGUGUCAACUAGAUCUUCCUUAACUGAAAUGUCAGAUAUUGUUAAAUUAACUGCGGCAACCAAUGAAACUAAAAAAAAUGAAAACUUGGAUGAUAUUGCUCCAAAAAAUAACAAUGUUAUUGAAAGUAAGCAAUCAAUUGCCCUCUAUAUUGGAGAUUUGGAAAAAUUUGUUACAGAAGAUAUGUUGAAAAAUUUCUUCGCAAUGUACAAAUCUUUGCUUUCAGUAAAAAUAUGUGUUGAUUCACAUUCUGGUGAAUCGUUAGGUUAUGGAUAUCUUAACUUGACAACCAAAGAAGAAGCAGAUGAUUUAAUGGAACGUUUCAAUUACACACCCAUUUUCGGCAAGGUUGUAAGGAUAAUGCCAUCUCUAAGGAAUUCACAAACUCGUAAAAAUAUGGGUACAAAUGUGUUCUUCUCUGACCUACCAUUAUCUGAAAAAAGCAUUACAACAAGGGAUUUUUAUAAUUUUUUUAAAGCCUAUGGUAAUAUUCUUUCAUGUAAAUUAAAUACAAGUAAGAAUAUUGGAUUUAUAUUUUUCGAAAAUGAAAGCUCAGCAAAAGAAGUAAUUUCUAAAUUUAAUGCCAAUGAGUUACUUUACGGUUAUAAGAUUAACUGUGGAGUCCAUAUAGAUAAAUCAAUUAGAAAAAACCUAGGGACUGAGAAACAAAAAUCAGCUUCUUCUGAAAGUUGUAGCCAUAGAUUAACUCCAAUUUGCAGACCAAAUGAACACUCUACCGAAAGAAAAUCAAUUUUGGUUAAGAAUUUGCCAAAGGAGAUUAGUGAUUAUGAAAUAUCUUCUAUAUUUGGAAAUUUUGGGUCAAUCGAAUCCACCAAGAGAUUAGAGAGCAUUGGGGAAAAUAUAGGAAUUGUAAUCACUUAUUCAGAAAAUACUAAUACUAAGGAAAUAAUAAACAAUAUUAAUAAGUUAGAUGUUGAAGGACAUGUCGUUAAGGCUUUUGAAUUAACUAAGUUAAAAAGUAACGAAAGUCCUAAAAACCUCCAUAAUUCAAUUAAAAAGACAUCAACCAUAUAUUUAGGAAACCUAAGUACUGUUUGCACCAAAGAAUUUUUGACUCAACUUUGUAUUCAGGAAUCCAUAAAAAUCGAUUCCAUUGAAAUAACUUCAUAUAAUAAAGAUCCUUUGACAUUUUCUGGUUAUGUUAAAUGUAAAACAAAAUUUGAUGCAAAGAAACUUUUUAAAUUUAUUAGAAAUCGGUUAAUCGGAGGAAGCGUCGUGUCAGCUUCCUGGGAAAAUACCAUCGGUGGCAUUCCUAUUAGCAACUUAAAACAAGAGAAUACGUCUUCGGAAACAAAUACGAAUCCAGUACAGAUCAAUAUACCUGUGUAUAAUCCGGCUUGGAAUAUUGGAUUUAUACCGCAAUAUCCAAAUCAAUACCUCAACCUCAACAACCAAUUAAAUUCCUUGCCAAAUCAGGGAUAUUCUGUUCCACAAGCCAUUGUACACCAAAGAGCACUAUUACCAAAAUCAAAUAUUAACAAAAAACAUGUAUUGGAACUCUUAAGAAGACAAGUUAAAAAAGGUUUAGACUUUUUAAAAUUUCCAAGUGCAACAAGGGAGUCAAAUUUGACCUGUAUAACUAAAUACAUUUUUGAAAUGUAUUGGUCAAAAGAUGUAUCGAAACUUAAUACUUUUCUUUCAUUAUUAAAUUCAAGUACAUAUAAUGAAGGGAUAUUACAGAAACAAAUUGAGGACUCAGCCAAUUAUUUAGGCUUUGGAAGAUAUUAG